CAUCAGUAACAGAGACAUCGUCUUCAGGCAGACUGAAGUUCAUUGCCAUGGCUAAGGUGUUUAAUGAUCCCAUCCAUGGCCACAUUGAGUUACACCCACUUCUUGUCAGGAUCAUAGACACCCCUGAGUUCCAAAGACUACGAUACAUCAAGCAGCUUGGGGGGGGAUAUUUUGUUUAUCCAGGAGCAUCACACAACCGCUUUGAACACUCUAUUGGGGUGGCUCACGUAGCAGGACAGCUUGCUAAAGCUCUGAAGGUGAAGCAGCCAGAUCUCAACAUCAGUGACCGAGAUGUGCUUUGUGUGCAAAUUGCAGGUCUCUGCCAUGACAUGGGACACGGGCCUUUCUCUCAUGUGUUUGAUGGAAUGUUCAACCCUGAAGCAGACCCAGAACAUAAAGACUGGAAGCAUGAGGAUGCCUCUGUAGCGAUGUUUGAUCAUCUGGUGAAGAAGAAUAGUCUGGAACAAGAGAUGAAGGAUUAUGGGCUAGAACUCCCAACUGACCUGACGUUCAUCCAGGAGAUGAUUAAACCUGAAAAGAGUGAUGGCACUGAGUGGCCGCAUAAAGGUCGAGACAAGGAAAAAUCCUUUCUCUAUGAAAUUGUGUCAAACAAGCAAAACGGGAUUGAUGUGGACAAGUUUGACUACUUUGCCAGGGACUGCCACCACCUGGGUAUCAAAAACAACUUUGACCAUCAGCGCUUCAUCAUGUUUGCCAGGGUGUGUGAGGUGAAGGGGUGGAAACACAUUUGCUCCAGAGACAAGGAAGUGGCAAAUCUGUACGACAUGUUCCACACAAGGAACUCUCUCCACAGAAGAGCCUACCAGCACAGAGUCACCAAGAGUGUAGAGAUUAUGAUCAAAGAUGCCCUUUUGAAAGCAGAUAAGCACAUCCAGUUUAAAAGUUCAAAAGGAGAGAUGCUCCCUCUCUCCCAGGCCAAAAAAGACAUGGAGGCCUACACCAAGUUGACAGAUCAAGUGCUUGAAGAAAUAUAUAAAUCCACCACGGAUUCUCUGAAGGAAGCAAGGGAGAUUAUACAGAAGAUCAUGACUCGGAAGUUGUACUGGUGUGUGGGUCAGGCCAAGCCAAAAAAGGACCAAGAGAAAAUAUCAACGGAGAAAAAGGAAAGUCUGAAAAGGAAACUGGAAGAAGACAUGCCUGGGAUGAAGUUUGAAGUUAUUGUUGUCACCAUGGACUAUGGGAUGAAGGACAAGGACCCCAUCAAUAACACAUAUUUCUAUCGUAAGAAUGAGCCUAACAAGGGAUUCACGAUCCCCAAAUCAAAGGUGUCCAAGCUUCUUCCAGAGUGCUUUUCUGAGGAGAUCCUUAGGGUUUACUUGAAGAACCAUGAAAGUGAAUGUAUACAAAAAGCUGAGGAGUGCUUCAAAAAGAGGUGCAAAGAAAAUGACUUUGAGGUUGACAGAGAGGAUGACGACGAUGAUGCCAGUGCUGCCAGUUGUGCAGCUGCAGGAACUGCUGAGUGAAUCUGAACAUGUGAAAGAUUCAGAUGUUAAGUUUUUGUUACUGUAGAGAUUUUAAAAUAGGUAAAUCUUAUCAGGGAAUUAAAGUGGUUUGGGUAUUUUGAAUCUUUUUUUUUCUUUAAAUCUUAUCUAUGUGAUUUUGUCUAGACAUUAAAUAUUUUGAAAAUUAUAUUUACAUACUGAAUAACUUUUAAUCUGCUUUUUGUGAUUGACAUGGCUGUGGUGCAGUUAUUUUACUAUUACCUUUCUGAUCUAUCAGUGUGAAAUGUAAUCUUAAUUAAAAAUAAAUCAUUUAUUGCUAUGAUUAAACAUAUAUUACAUGUUUUGACUAUAAUCAGACUAAGUAGCUCAACUUAUACAUGCUUAAACCAGAUAUUGGGUACUUUUGUGAUUUGCUCAUUGUGUGAAAAUUCAUUAUUUAUCAUGUAGUGGGUCUCAAAAUGAAAAUCUACCAAACAUUAUU